AUGAGCUCAGUACCGAAAAAAGGGCGUAUCGGACGCCGGAAAAGUGAUCCAGGCACCCUGACAGUCCGGUCCAAUGCAGACAAGUAUGUUGUCCUUUCCUUACUAAACACUGCUAUUUUUAUCAAACACUGAUUAAAAAGGAAAUCUAACGUAAAAUCUUCAGAAUCGCAACGUGUGAACUUCCGUGGGGCGGCACUCGAAUGGUUGCUCUCGGUCCCUUGGAUCUCACCCAAUCGAGCGGACCGUUCGUCGGACAGGCCACUCUCAUGGACCUUUUCAACAUAUUCGAACGGAAAUUGCACAUUGUCACCGAAGAAGAGCCACUGGAGAAGAUGCUGAACAAGACGUUGCAAAGAGGAGGCGACACGUAUUUCGACAAUUUGUGCCACACUCUGCACGGUCUCUCCGAGAUUUGUCUGCCGCCCGUUCUCAAAGUAAUUGUGGAAUGGCACGAGAAGUACGACGAGUCGCUGUCUCUCUCGAUGCUUUCUCCUUCGGUCACGAACGAAAUGCGGCUGAAAUUGGCGAAGAAACUGCUGGCAGUCAACUAUCUCUUCUGCCUUGUUCUCAUUGAAAUCCUUCCGCAAGUGGAGUUCCAUCUCCCUCAAUGCGAUCCGCUCGUCAAGAAAGUUCUUGAGAUAUGCUUUAAGAAUGUGCAGUACAGAGAACCGUAAGUCUAAAAGCAUUCUGAAUUUUUUUGAAACAAACAAUUUCUUAGAUCGAGUGUCGGUGUGAACAAGACGAAUCAUUUGGUGGUUGCGGAGACGUACGGAGAAGUGCUGGGAGUGCUCUCCAACACGUAUUUCACUCACAUUCACAAAAUCUUCAUGACUCACAUCACGGAACUUAAAAAAGACGUCUCACAAACCGCUUCACAGCAGAUAGUCGCGCUGAUAAUGUCGAUGAAAUUCCUGCGAAUCAACUCGACCCAAGUGGAGGAUUUCGAGAACGGACUGAAGUUUCUGGACGAUUUGGCCAGUUUGCUGUUGGAAGUGAAGGAUAAGGACGUGAAGCAUGCCGUCAUGGGACUGCUUGUCGAGAUUUUGUUGCCUGUGGCCGCCGUGAGCUAUAGAUUUUCGGCUUUUCCGAAUAAAAGUUAAUUUCAGCAAAUAAAACGAGAGACCAACAUCCCAGCACUGAUUUCUCUCGUCCAGAAGCUAUACACGACGACAAAUGACAUGACGUCGAAGAAACAUCACAAAUUGGUUAGUUCCGAAAUAAAAACGCACUCGACGUCUUCUAUUCCAGGCGGCGUUUCCUCUGAUAACGUGUCUUCUUUGCGUCAGCCAGAAGCACUUCUUCCUUGCAAACUGGGUCCAAUUCCUCAACGUGUGUCUUUCUCAUCUAAAGAACAAGGACACGCAAGUGGCACGUGUCGCCCUGGAAAGUCUGUACAGACUUCUUUGGGUGUAUAUGAUCCGAAACAACGCGGACGGUAAUGCGGCAACUCGUUCUCGCCUCGAUUCCAUUUGCGGAAGUCUCUUCCCUAAAGGGAAUCGGUACAUUGGUAGGUAAACGGGCAGAGUGACACGUACCAAAUGAUAAUUUCAGUCCCACGAGACGCGCCGCUCAACAUCUUCGUCAAAAUCAUCCACUUCAUCUCGCAGCAAAAACUGGAUUUCGCCUUCAAAGAGAUCAUUUUCGACCUUCUCUGCGUCAACAAUCGUACCCAGCGGUCCUUGUAUGCCGAGCGGAUGAACGUCGGCAUCCGUGCUCUGAUGGUCAUCGCGGACGGUCUCCAGAAGAAGGACGAUCCGCCGGCGAUGCCGAAAUCGAUGGGUCCGUCUGCAAGUGGAACAGUGUACAAAACGAAAAGAAAAGCAUUCAUCCAACGGCCGCUGACCAACGAAAUCUCUAAGUGAGUCACUCUCUCGGACACGUGUUGCUCAGGGAAUGGUCAAACACUCUAUCUCUAUCCUUCUCUCUCAUUUGGCCACAUGACCAACUUUAGGCCAGCCGAAAACAUAACUUUUUCUAGUGUCAAUAGAGAAUUUAGCACCUAAAUAGAAUGUUUAUUUGAUGAAAUACCGUAUCUCUCUGAAUUGGCUAUCCAAUUGUUUCCCUCAUUUCCCCCAUUUCCAUUCUUUUUUUUCCUCUUUCCCUAUCAUUCUCUUACUUUUCAGAUCUAUCGGAAUCGACCAAUUCUAUCCGCAGUGCCGAAAGGCUUUCGAUAGUAUCCUUCGGCUUCUGGACGCGCAAAUCGGAAAACCGCUCAUGAUGUCGUCGAUUCAGAGCAGAGGAAAAGAGCCGGACGAGCUGAUCAGCGGGGACGCGAAGCCAAAACUCGACCUGUUCCGCACUUGUAUCGCCGCCAUUCCACGUCUCAUUCCCGAACCGAUGACUCAUGUGGUACGUUCGAUUCGCCCGCUCACUGCUCAUCAAUUCAUUUGUUUAUUUUUUCAGGAAUUGAUUGACCUCCUCACUCGCCUGACUGUGCACAUCGACGAAGAGCUCCGCAACAUGUCCGGACUCACUCUUCAAACGAUUAUCGGAGAGUUUCCGGAAUGGCGAGAGCAAGUGUUUAUUGGACACAUCUCGCUAAUCCAAUCGCAAAUCUCUGACUUUUACCCACUUGUUUUGGAUGAUUCCCUUCGCCUGAUGCUCCAAUUGUUGACCACGUGGAAAACGGCGAUUGCAGCUGAAAAGAAGAGAGAAGCAGAGAGGAUCGUGCCGACGAGUCCGUUGACCGGCAGCCACCAUAGUGCCUCCCACAGCACGCACAUCUCGGUCAGCUUCCCGAACACCGUCUCCUCUGCCUCUUCCAUCCUCUCCAACUCGUCCUCCCCUCACCAACCUACUCCUUCUCUCUGUUCCCUCCCCGAAUCCUCGUCUCUUCAUUCUAUUCCAACUGCCGUCGCGGCUUCCACGUCCUCCACAACCACAACGCCCACGCACUCGCAAGGAGCUCCCUCUCAGGGAACCAUUGCAUCCGGAGGGAACAGUGCGCUUUCUGUGCUGCACACGAUCGAAGGACUCGCAAUCGUGUAUCUCUGUCAGACGAGAUCGGCCCCUCGCAAGUUGGCCGUUCAGAUUCUGAAGGAAAUCAAAAUGAUCUACGAUUUGCUGGGAAUGGAAAUGACGGACACUCCGGUCAUCGACGUGCUCGACCACGCGACUCCGUACGUUGUCAAGAAGUACAUCGAACACGUGCCGUUGAGAGAACGAAUGUCAUGGAACAUGGACUUUGCCUCCGUCUGCGAGAAGAUCUCAACAAUCGAGGCGGACAACACUCUGGUGAACAGUGAUCGGGGAAACGAGUACCUGCAGUGGGACCCGUGGGGAUGCGCCCUUUCCGGAUAUGCAGAGCUGAAACAUCUUCUGACGAGGUGUCCGAGUGCCGUCGCCGCUGCCUGGCCUGUUCUCUUCUCUAGACUCAAUGCAGUGUCCGGAUACGUUGAUCCAAAGUAAGAACUGUGGCGGUUUCUCCUUAAAUCCAUCUUUCAGCAAUCCUCAAAACGAAAGCCGAUCUUCUCUCUUGCGUGGAUCCAAAAGCAAAGGAACGUCUUCCAUUCUCGGAGAGCAACUCGGUCAGGAAGCGUGUCUCGCUCUCUGGCAGAAGUAUCUCAUCAUGUGCUGCGCUUUGGCUCCCGCCCCCUACAACCUCUCGCAGCGGAGUUUCAGUCCUACAAACUCGAUGGAUGGUCCCGUCGACGUCUUCCGUUCAGUAUCCGCUUCCCUCAGAUCGUCGCGCACUCCUGUACCGAACUCUCUUUCCCAACUGAUUUCGAAGGUUUGCAUGAUUCUGCGAUGGGAGAACAUGACGGACAUCAGAGACAGCGUCGUUCUCGGAGUCGGAUCCAUCAAUCCGCUCGCUUUCGAAAUGCUCCUCGAUGAACUAAAGUCCAAUGGAAUCCUUCGAGAAGCCACCGAAAAGAAGGCGGAAACGAACCUCCGUCGCAGAAAGAGAAAGGAUUUGCUCCGUUUGCAAAUAAUUCGCGUGAUCGAAGUGGCCAUUUUCCGCGGUUUGCUUCUCGUUUCUUCGUCGGGAACGUCGGAAUACACUCUUCAUCCUUUGGUUCUCGACUUUAUCGAAUCAAUGAGAAUUAACUUGGAGAGUGAUCACGAUCGGGAUAUCACUGUUGUAACGAAACUCCGACUUCAUUUCGCAAAACUGGUACAUCUGAUCAUUGAGUCGACGCCUCAUCUCUCCAGGCACUGUAAGUACCUUUUCCGAACUCAUGCGUAUGUUCUAUUCGAUCAUUUUUAGCUCUGCUCUCCGAGGAACGCCGCUACAACCUUUUCUACCUGUUCAUCAACUGGUGCUCUCGUACUAUCGCCGCCGAUCGGAAGAUCCGUGACAAGGAGGUCGGAUCAUACGUGGAACAGAAGUCGGUGCUUGCGAUGAGUCGCAUCCUCUGCUGCGGACCAAUCUUCGACCCAGUCAAGUCGAUCGGAGAAGACGGAUAUCUGUACGGAUGGCUCGAGAAACUGAUCGUAUCGACGAAUCCGACGAUGCAGGCGGAAGUGGAGGAGAUGCUUGCCUGGAUGCUCGAACUGAACGAGUCCGGAGUGCUUCUCGACUGGCUCAUGAUGCAGUGCUACAGCCAGCCAACUGCCGUCGCUUGCAGGUGCUUCCGCGCUCUCGUCCGCGUCUUUUCCCGCCGAGAUUUCCCUUGCGAAUUCGUGUCGCUGUUCGUUCUCUGCCAGUCGAUGCUCGCGGUCAACUCGGUCACCGACUGUGCUCUUCACAUGAUCGAAAUUCUUCGGAAGCAGUUCCUUGAAACGUCGAACAUUCACGCGACGUCUCCUGCUCAACAAGUGGCUCCGAUAGUUCAGAUGCGCCAUCAAACGGAUGGGAUUACGGUGAGAAAUCCGUGCUUUUAACAUUUUCAUUUCAUUUUCAGAGCCGCUACAACGGACACAUCCUCCCGAUCGAACAGCACGAUAUUUGCACUCGUCUCGCCAACGCCUAUCCUCAUCUGACGGUCACCAUCUUCAGCGAAGUCUCCUACCGUCUUGAAACCGCGAAUUGCUCAAACAAGGCUCAGCUGCUGUCGAUUCUACAACCGUGGAUUGCCAAUCUCGAACUGGUCGACCAGAAUGUAGUGGAAGAAGCGGCAGAGGGACCGCGAGGAUGGGGAUCCGAGGAGGCAACUCAACUCGUACUCAACAAUCUGCUCUACCUGACAGUGACUCUCUCGACGGACUACGAAAAGGAACUGGCCGAAGUGUGGAGGACUCUCGCCAUCUCUUUCCCCGCAAACCUUCCCGCCAUUCUCAACUUCUUCUACACGACAACUCUUCUCUCGCAAGAGUCUCUUCUUCCGUUCACCAAACGGAUUUGUGUGCUUAUUUCGCAAAUCGUCGGCACCAGAAUAUCUGCCAUUCUGUUGGAAUGGCUGAGUACGGUGCACGAUAGUUCUAGAAUCACACUCGACAGAAGCGAGAUUCCACCGUACUACAGAUGGAGAGAUGAAAUUUUGGACAGGAAGGAGAGGGUCGCCACGGAAGGAUCGACCGCCCGAGACUCUCUAGAGAGGGAAGAACCGACAAAGGACGGAGUGAGACUUCUGCCGAUGCCUGCGUACGGAGGACACUACUCCCCGCUCAGUCAGUUCCUUCCGCCAGUUGCCCAGCCAGUUCAGUUUUACAACAAGUAAUACAUCACCUAAAAAAAAGAAAUGUGAAACAUCAGAACGCUCACUGUUUUUCAGAAGCGAAGUGGGCCUUCUCCUCGUCUGUGACAUCAUCCGAACCCGCUGCUCCGUCGAUUGGUCCGAUUCGCUGGCCCUCCUCCUUCACUUCUCGAUCCUCCGUCUUGAUUCGCUCCGUCCAGCACUGUGCCGCCACGCCCGUCAAGUUAUAAUCAACGUCAUCAUGCUUUACAUGGACAAGAGCCAACUGGCUUUGGUCUCGGCGAUUUUGCUCAAAAACGAGAUGAUCUACGGCACAGAGACCAGUGAAAUCAUUGGAGACGUCGCUGUCGGAGUGUGCCGAGGAGAGUCUCCAUCCUUCGCAAGAGCCACUGCCGAUGAGUACAGAAAGAUGAUAUUCGCCAGUCCGUCGCUUUUUUCACCGACUUCUGACCUUCUGUCGGCGGUAAUCUUUUGUAUGAGUGAAAAGUAAGCACAUCCGUUAUCGUUUCAAACUCGAAUUGAUUUGUUUUCCAGCAUGGAUUCUCCUCUGUGGGCGAACGAAGAUGCGAACUCGCGCAACUGGAGAGUGCCCAGUUCAGAGCAACUCUCGUGCACGAUCCAGCACAUCGUCAAGUUGCUCAUCGGCCGAAUGCCAAUGCUCGAGGUGAUCUGGACGCAGCUGGCAAUGAAGCAGGCCCUCUCCACUUCCAACCGCCACGUGGCUGGUCGAUGCUUCCAAAUUGUUUCUGCUCUCGGCCAACCGCCCAGUCCCUGGGUCCCGUCUCUCAUGUCUCGAUUAGUCGAAACUGCGGGAGAGCAGCACGAUGAGACUCAGGCCUAUGUGACGGAUCUGAUGACGUGUCUGGCCGACUGCUCGCCGUACAUUUCACCGGUAAAUAUUAAAAUGCCAAUGUCUCUUCUCUCAUUCCGUUCUCAGGACUUGCAGGCAAUUGUGGAGACGAUCGAAAUGCGGCAGGCGAUCUCUCCGACUCACAUGCGCUCCACCUCGUACACUCCUGCUCUCGUCCGCCAGUCCGUCAUCUGUUCCCGUGUGCAACAGUCGGACAAGAAAAGUGAGCGGAAAGCACCGACAGAUUCACUCAUUCAAUCCCUGAAAGACUUUUUAGACGCUCGUCUCUCUUUGCUCGUGUCUGAUCAGGAAUCGUGGGCCGCAAAGUCGCCGGAAGCGCUCGUUCGGAGCAAAAGUGCGGAGCAGUUACAGAGUGAAAAUGACGUUAACGAGGUGAGAAUUUAAAGUUGCCUCUACACAUGAAUACUGUCGUUCUUUAGGAGACAAUGUCACGAAUGCAAAUCCUGGCAAUCGCAGUGAGCAUGAUGGAAAGCGGACUCGAGAACGAGUUUCUUCUGGCUCUACAUCUGCUCAACAAAGUGCUCGACGUUCCGACGGCACAGAAAAUGCAAUGCCUCGUCAAAUUCGAUAAAAUAGUCGGACAGCUUGAAUGGAAGAACUUCAACGGAAUCAUCUCUCUAGUGACAAGAGGUUCGUCUGAAAUCCCUUCCGGUCAUUCCCCCCGUUCCUUCGAAACACGGUGUCCUGUGUCACCUGUCCACUCGCAUCGCUUCACAAAUCAAAAGGUGGACAGAUCGAACUGGGUGAUAAUGUCAGUUCGCUUCGAAAUGGUGGCGAACUUUUACCCCUGAACGGUUUUCAUCGGAUCUUCCGUUCAGAUAAGACCGGAAGACUCGAGGACGCCCGUCGUUUUACGGCUUCUCAAGACAUCCUAAUGUUGCCGAAUUACGGGAUACUGUAGAUGGAAAGAAACGGGUACUUCCAGGUGCCAUAGUGCUGCCAGCCUACGAGUCUUCGAUACAAGCGAUGAUCCGUCUGAGCGACGUCAUGACGGAAGAAGUGGUCGGAGGUCCGAACGGAAUCGCCAUCUUCGUCUGCCACACUCUUCCUUAUCUGGCCACCAACUUCGAAGCGCCAAAUUCACUUUCCAUUGACGUCGCCAAUGCGAUCGCAGCUGUAAGGACAACACGUCAUUCCAUUUCAACAUGAAUUCUUUCAGUUCUGCGAUGAAGCUAUCAAGACACAAUCGGGAGCCCCUGCGGAUCAUCCGUUCGUUCAUCUCUCAACGAUAAUGCGGCAGUAUGCGAUGCGAACAUUCAUGAAGGACUCGCAACAGUUCAUGAAGUGCGUCCUCCAGUACAUUUGCGACGGAUGCAUUGCGCUGAACGUCGACACGCUCAUGUGUCUUCUGUCGGAAAUGCUCGAGAGAGGAGUGAACACACAGUACGCCAGUGUGCUCCACAUGCUCUAUCUCCUGCUCCAACACAAUCAUCACGCAGUCUCCCCGCUCCUUAUCAAUGCUCAGGUGAGAAAAAAUCCCUCAUUUUUGCCAGUUACCCGCUCAUUUCUCAAUUCCAUCUGUCACACGGUUGUUCUUUCGGGCGAUGAUCUCGAAUUUCAAACGUGCACCGCGCGACAAUCUGCGCUGUUUGAUGGGCGAUUGGCACCUUGAACGAGGUGAAUAAUUGGUUCGUCUCUAUCAGCUGUGAACAUGUGCAAGGGGCACGCCAUAAAGUCGUUCGAAACAGAGAAGAAGAUGGGCAAUUGGAAACCAUAUUUGAAUCGACACAUUUAUCAUUUUUGAAAAGGAACGGAUGACGUGGUCCUCAAAACUUCAAUCCGGCCAAAUCCGGUCCCCGAACACCUUCUUCUGGUGCCUAUGCCUACUAUGACAUGUCACUUACGCAACACAGUUCACAAUAUCCCAGCCGGAUAAAAUCUUGUCGACAAGCAAUUAACCUUCCGACAGUUCCUCUGUUCAAUUGCCGCUUUCCCAACUCAUUUCCGUUGAAUGGUUGUUGUUGCUGCUGCUCAUCGGAUUCUUAUCGUCGAUACCUCCUUCCGUCACGGUCCCUACGUCGUCAAGAACGUCUCUAUCAACGCGCCCCCUCGUUCAAUCCUUCACUACCACCGCAAGUCGUUAAUUUGCGCAAUCAACGGCGGGUCAAUUGACUAUGAACAAUCUCGUCCCGCCGCUCGUCGUUGUUCUGAAAUUUAUGCGUGUCGAGAGUCUCCCUCCCUUUGUUUGUCGCCUCCUCCUUCUCGGUCGCUUCUGGACGAGGAUACGGUUUUAUACGAAUUUGAUUGACGUCGUCGAAGACGUUUUUGAUGUCUUGCCGCCGCCCCGACCAUAACCUUUUUCGCUAGUCAUUAACCGAAACAGGUGGCUGAAGGAUUUGGAUUUGACCGGCGCACUGAGAAAGAAUAGAGUCGGCUGGCUGGAAACAUGAGAAGCCCAGUAAUCGCACUAAUCCCUUUUUAUUUUUCUUUUCAGGUCAUUCGAAGCGUGUCGAAGUUCUUGCAAGGAGGACUGUGGAAAGACGCGUCGUUGAUAUACAAAAUACUCAUUGAAAAGUGGCGGAACGACAAUCCGAAUCAGAGCCCGGAGUUCCUGCUCGAAGGACUCUCUUCCACCGGAAAUAUUGCAGUGACGCCCGCAAAGCCUUCAGAUGACAACUCGGUUCCGAACAGCGGUGGCAGUCCGAAACUGCUCCGAAAGCCGGAGAAGUCAACGGCAGACGUCGCGACCACCAGUCUGAAACGGAUGCCGCCUGCCCACAUGAGAGUGAGGGACAAACUAGUCGGGAUUCUCUCGGCUUCUGGACUCCGCAUCGGGCUUCCUUCUUCAGUUUCCCUUGUCUUCUCGAAAUCAGACCUCGGAAGCACAACGUCUUCCACCGAGAGAGUCUGUGCGUCAUCGCAGGAAGUGGCCUCCACCAUGUCGCUCCCGGAUCCAUCUCAAUCCGGAAUCACGGAUUCCUUUCCUAGAGUCUUCAAAGAGUUUGAUUUCCUGGAAGCCGAGCAUGACAGCGUCUCUGAGACGGCUGACAGUUGCUUCGGAUGGCUGUCAACGAUGAGACCGACACGAGAAGGGGACGAAAGAGCGUCGGAGAAGAAUCUGUCGACAAGUGGAAAGGGAGAAGAAGAAGAGCCGGAAGAGGACGAGGAAUCCGAAUCGCACGAAGAAGAGAACAGCGAGAGUGACGAUCGAGUGACAUUGGGAGGAAGGCUGAGAAUAGAGGACGACGAGGAAGAGCUGGAAGAAGACGACGACGAGGAAGAACGUACGCCGUGCCAGUCCGAGUGCGACGACAGAGAAGACGUCGAUUUGAUGCUCAGGCAAGACAUCGAAGCUUUUACAAGUCGAGUGGGAAGUGUUGCCGCGUCCUCUUUGGUCGAGGAUGAUCUCCGAAGCCGUCUCACCAACAACAUCGUCUCCAUGUCUUCUCAGAUGACGUGGGUUUCAGUUUCGGCAGUAGUCACUUCAAAAAGUGUGAUUUCAGAGAGCACCGCCAUCUGGAAGAGGAGAAUACUUCAGUGGACGGAUCGUCCGUUUGCGCGUACAGCAAUGCGUCCAUGCUCGCAUCGGAGUACUAUCCGAAUCGAACGAGAACUCUUCGCAUCCAAUGCGCUCACCACGUGGAUUCGAAAGUGGAACGCGAGUUUUGUAUAACCGUCAAUGAAAUAAACGAGUCGACGGACGGAAAUCUGCUCGCCUACGGAACCCUUCUCUCCACCCAACUCUACAAGGUACUAUCGGAAAUUCAACCUGUCCUAAAUUUAUAUUUUUCAGGAAUCGUGCGGGAAAGUAUGUGCUCUGCUCCGUGAUGCGUCUCACAUGCUGACUAAUCGGAAUCUGUCGCGUGUUUUCGGCUCUGUUCAAGAGGUUCUCUGUAAUGUCGUCGACAUUCCGUUCUUGUUUGUUACUGAGCAAUUUGUAAGUUAAAAUGUUACCUCGAAUCCCCGAAGGCGUCGUUUUUUUCAGCUUCGCAACUCGCCUCUGUUCCAACGCCUCAAGAUGUCGCUGAAUGAGCUCAAAGAGCACUGGGAGACUUUCGACGAGCGCCGGGAUCAGUGCCAGAAGGUAUGAAAUCCCUCUUCCACACACCUUUCGUUGCCUUUUCUAUCCCGCUAAAUCUCCCGGUGAUGCGAACCCGUUGUCCUAAACUAACAAAGUGAUUUGUGAUGGUUGGCAGUCCGUUGUUGCAUCAAUCCUUUCGAUCGAAAUCUCGGGACACCGUGCGAGGUGUUCUCUUCCUCGCCCAUUGUGUUGUCACUGUCACCCUAACUUGUGGCGAUGACACGUCGAGAUACGACCGACGGAAGCCACCACCAUCCUAUCCGUCAGACAAUUAAUCUUUUCAGGCGAUCAACUCCCUCCGUUCCGCAUACAAAUUGUCGGCUCUCGGCGGAUCCACGUCAUCGUUCAGUCUCACUUCGGAGCUCGACGUCGGAAAGCUUCUCAACAAGCUGGUGUUCCAAGUGAAACUGAUGAUCGACGCGCUGAAAGACAUGUCGGAUGCGGUCAAGAAUUCGACUAGUUCGCAGGUAACAAACGGGAUUACUGUAAAAAAGAUUGGCACGUUAAAUGUGCAAUAUCUGACGGCAAACUCGUCGUUUCCGCCGCCACCCAAUCUACCGUAUGCCUUGGAGCAUUGUCGACAAUUAAUGAGCCGUGUCGAGAUUAGAACACACUCGAUUAACUUCUGGCGCUUCACAGCCGCUCUUUGCUUUCUUUAUGGUCCCUUCUUCUGCCUUCUGAAUGACUCGCUUUCAUUGAGCUGCCGAGUUUCCGAGCGACGGAAGCCAAGGAUUACGGUAGCGCCCAGUGUCUCAAUAUGACGGCGGCGGAGACACGCCGCCUAUCAUCUAGACUCAUAAUAAUUGGUGUCGCGACGGAAGCCUCUUUUCCUCUAUCCCGUCGUUUCUCUCCGCUGCUCCCGGUGCUGCUUUUGUGUGUGUAUAUAGACGCCGUGAGUUGUCAUGCUUCCGAAUGAUUGAUGGCAACAAGUUGGCUCCGUCGUCGUCGUCGUCGAGAAAGGCAGCUCCAGUGGCAGCUCACAAAUUACGCCAGCUCGCGGUGUGCAUUUGUAUUCCAGUCGUGUCUGAUGGAAAAGGCACGAAAAUUGGCGCGCAGUCGUCAAAAACACACACUCAGGAUUACUGUAUCCACCGGAUAUAUGAGGGAGGGCUGCCCGACAGCUGUGAAAACAGUGUAGAAACAAGGCCAAAGAAUGAGACAAUACAGAGAAGCGACGUGGAUCGCAUACUGUAAUUGUCUGUUUCUCUCCCUUUUUGCGAGAAAGUUCCCCCCAACAACCGUAUUGUCUCAAAAAUAGCUCGUCUUCUCCUUCUUCGUCUCCCGUCGCUGUCAGGUGAAGCGAGAGAGGCCUGGAUGAGAUGCGCCAAAUUAGACGAGCGGAGAUAUGAUCAGCACACACUUGCCAGUUCCAAUUUGUGAGAUGAGUGAUGAGAAGAACACGAGAACGUCAGUCCCCUCCCUUGGAGAAGAGGAUGGACAGGUGACUCCGCCGUGACGGCGACGACGGCGACGACGACGAAUUCUGAGAUGGAGAAAAAGGAAAAGACGCGCUUAAUCCGUCAACAUUGUCGACUUGCCCCAAGUGGCGGCGUGGCGCAAUUAGGAUGAGCGGUGCCUGGUGUGACAGGUCGACGCGGAUGAUCUGAUAAUUGGGCACGGGUGGCGGUGGCGGCAAAAAGUCGUGACCCUCUUGUUGGUUUUCGGGUUACGGUACGAACCGGAAAUUAAGAUUCAUUAUUUUCAGACGUACUCCCUUUCGCCCGCCAUUCUGGAGCAUCACCGCGAACUGCUGAUGUGCGCAUCGGACGACGCCUCCGCCUCGGCCACUUCCUCGAUGUCCCGCCUGAACGUGGACGAUUCCGUGUCGCGAUCCCAGCAUUCCUGUGAUUCGCUUGUUUUGCUGCUUGCCAACAAACGAUACAAGCAAGCGUUGCAAGCAGUCCGACAAUUGAGGUGAGCCCCCCGUCUGGGCCUUAUUAGGAAAACGAAAUGAGGCGUAGCAUAUCGGAUUAGUACGGUAAACGAGUGGGAGAGCUACAACAACAUAGACAUGGACAAACACGGGUUGCCGGACGAGAGCGGAUCGGACACAGAGAGAUGAGGGCCGGUGAUAGGGUGUGCACACGGGGAGAGAGAUGUUAACCGUGUCGGAAGGAGGACGAUGACAUGUUUAUUAGGCAGUACUACCGGUGUACUUGAGCAGGCCGAGUACGGUAGAAGAGACUUCCUGCUGUUAUGUUUGAUGACCAGAUAGGGCGAGAGACAAAUAUCAGUGAUUGAGAAAGAAAUGCCGCCGCACUGCCGGAACCGUACCGUACCCGACCGGAAGAUCCCUUUCGCACCUUUCCUCUUGAACGACUUACAUACUCACUCGACCCCAGAAGGUUAAAGCUGUCGGUUUUACGAGCGACAAUUAUAUCUGGGGGCCAUGCGCGUGCGGGGCUGAGGCAGCAGCAAGCCUUUCCAUCGAAGACGUGUGUUAGCAUUAUUAUCGUUUCCGGUGAAAGGCAGCCGCCCCGUGACUGACAUGAGUUAUGAGCCGCCUUCCGUCUGAUAGUAAUUGCGCACUCGGACGAACCGCCCGUCCGGCCGACCGGCCAAUGCUGUUUUGAACCCUGCGAUCCGGGGGGUGGUUGCUCCUAAUGAUCAUCUGAUUGUGCUCAUUUGACUGGUGUAUUUUUGUUCGGUUUUCGGUUGUCUUGCUCGGAAAUAUUGUCGCAUCGGAUCACCGCCGCCUCCUCCUCCUUCUUUUCUUUCCCUACUCCUCUCUAGUGGUGGCUCAGAAAACCAUGUCAACACUGAUAGUGCGAGCAGCGACACGAAAACUGACGAAAUGUCGAAAUGAAGUGCAGUUGAGAGGGUUGAAAAGCGGUGGAAGAGCCCGCUGGGGCGCGCGGGCGCUGCUCACUCACAAGUGUUAACGCAAACAUCGACUAGGUUUACAAGAACGAGAAGGAAGGAAGACACGCGGGAGCAAGAGACUCCCGGAGCAAGAAGGUACACUCGAGACUGCGGCGCCCCGAGGCGAGCGCGAAAUUUAACACAACAAGCCAGGGUGCCGGGAUUCGCGCCGCGUGUCUCACCGCGAUCGGAGUACGGUAGUCUGCCGAGAGGAUGAUGAUUAGUCUGGAAUAAUUGGACUGGCGGGGCGACGCGCAGAGAUUUACACCCGCAUCGCCGUCGUCGACGCAAUUAAAAUUGGGGCAUAAAACGGUCGCGAAUAAAGAAGAAGAAGGAGAAAGAGAUGAAGGGAAAAGAAGCGAUCGCUCCCUUCACCUUCCUGGCUGUCCUUUUGUGAAUGUGUACAGUAACCAAUUUUCAUUUCAGAAGGACGUAUGGCGAAGAAUAUGGAUGCUGCGAGACCGUCGACGUGGACGUCCUUUUACUGCUGUAUUGUCGAAGCCAUUCGCUGAAGGCGUGGGCGUUAGUUGGAGCGUCGCCAGAAGUGAGAAUCCGAACACAUUUGGGAGAAGAUAUAAAUUUUGUUUUUCAGGAAAUCGCCCGUCAAAGUGAGCUGCUUCGGGAGGCGAACGCCGACAUGGGCGCGUGCAUCCGAAGAAGCACGCAGAGCCAGCAGAAUCUCGAGAGAAUGACGCCUUCGAUGGGAUCCGCCUCGAUGACCGAGUCGUUCGCACAGUUGCCCUCUGAUCAUUACGAUUGA